AAAAGUAAACACGAAACAUCGUAUGUGUCAACAACGUACGGAAACAACAGCUUUCGAAAUGUAAACAAAAUAAAAUAACGUGACUUAACCAAUAUUAAAACAAUGAACUGUUUAAGCAAUGCAUUUAAAGGAUAUGUGUCAAUCAAAGUACUGUUUUGUAUAGUAUUUUGUUUUGUUAUUGUGUCAAUUCUGAGGGGAAUGUUGUUUUACGGACGGUCGAACGAAAAAGUAAAACAGGGCAUACCAGUGGCUGAGCUAACUCCAGGAAUAAAACGAUACAUACAUGAAAUCACGGAACGACAAGAGUCGUUACAAACUACACCAUCAACCAAAAAUGUUCGAAUCCUAUGCCUGAUACUAACAUCAGCUGUAACACUGAAGUCACGAGCGUCUGUUGUAAAUGCCACGUGGGCCAGGCGAUGCGACAGACACUUUUACGUUCUAAAUACUAAAAGAAGAUCUCCCGACAUCAUCAACUCUCCGUUUGAUGAAACACGAAACAAUAUUGUGCAUAAAGUUAAAUUCGCUUUGAAUUUUAUUUAUGAAAACGAAAUUGAGACAUUUGACUGGCUGUUGAAAGCUGAUGACGACACCUACGUCAUCAUAGAAAAUUUAAAGUUUUUGUUAAAAAGACGUGAUAGCAAAAAGCCUGCAUACCUUGGUUUUCAUUUCAAUAAAUUCGUAUCAAGUGGAUAUAUGAGUGGUGGUGCCGGUUACGUCAUCAGUAACAGUGCACUUCGCCAUUUAGUGGAAUUCGGAUUUAAUCAAGAAAAAUGUCCGGUCGUUCCGAAUGAAGAGGAUCCAGAAAAUAGUGAAGACAUAGAAAUAGGGAGAUGCUUGAAUAUAUCAGGGGUACCUGCUUUAAGCUCUCUAGAUGAGGCUGGAAGGGAAAGAUUUCAUCCAUACCCAGUACAGAGGCACUUGCUAGGUUCUAUUCCUGAAUUUGUGUUCGAAUGGGCAAAGAAUCCGCACAAAGUAGGCGUAGAAUGCUGCAGUAAAUACUCGAUCAGUUUUCACUACAUGGAUGCAAGUACAAUGUUGUUGGUAGAUCACCUGCUCUACAGAACGUCUGUCUUUGGACUUAAUUUGAACGAUGAUAGUACGAAGCAAUAGUUAAUGCAGCACUAUUGGGAGAUCAAUAUCUUUCUUACACUGAAUACCGUGGCUUGCUGGCCAGAUUUAGCUCGUAUUGUUCGGAAAGCGGUCAUUUUUGGCAGGUCUGUGGUCCUACAAGGGUGCUCUCCUGUACCUGAGUAACAUUGGGCCAUCCUCAGUCAAAAUCUAAAAAACUGAACAGUCGUCAUAUUAUCUAAAUUUUAUGGCGAGAAUCAUAACCCAUUGAGCACCGAACAAAACAUGUUGCAUCGAAGCUUCUUUGAUAAUAUUAUGUGAUAAGGUAGAGUUUAUAACAAUGGAGCACGCCGUUAUCAGCGACUACAAGAAGAGCAAUCUUGUACCUAACCAAUAAGAUUAGUGUAGGAGAAAAACUCUGAAUUGAUCAAUGUAGCCAACAUAAAAGCAUUGAUAAAAUCUGAAAAAAACUAACUACGACCUUUUCCCAAUAUCUGAGAUUGGGUAGACAAAUCACAGAUGUAAGACAUGUAUACUUUUCUCAUAGUUUACAUAUAAGUUGCUGUAAGGCUCUGCCAUAAAGUCAUGACAGUAGCAUCGAAAUUAAAAAUGGCAUUCAUUUCAAUUAAGAAAUUUUACCACUUAAAACUCGUUACUGCAAUAUUUUAUGUUUUGGCUGUAUAGCUACUAGGUACUUGCUCUCAGUGAGGAUAACUUUGUUUAUAAAAUGUAUGUGUACAUUUGACAAGGCAAUCAUAAAUCGAAAAAUAUAUUAAGCUGACAUCGCAUAUUUGUAACUCAUCGCUAUCAUUUCAUUGUUUUAAAAGUGUUCACAUGCUUUUCAUGUUUUGAAACAUUUAUCUGACUCUUCAAGGGUACAUUGCUGCAAACAUGAUAACACAAAGGCCAGCUGUAAUUUUAAUAUGUUUAACAAAUCGUACAUUUAGAAAUCCACAGCAAUUUACAACCUAAAUAAAUUUCAGCACUGUUAAUAUAGAUUUUCCUCCAUGAAAUCCAGGUUAGAUUAAGUGUCAAAACCCGAUGUAAUAUUUGUUAGAAGAAUGUUUUGUCUGUGUAAAUAAUGUUCUUAUUAUUUAUUGCCUAAAUUUGUAUGAUGUUUUGUAUAUUACAAGAGGUAGAUGUAAUUUAGUUCCUUUGCCAUAGGCCUCGUAAGAGCCCUCUGUAGCCGUUAUUGCAUAAGAAAUCUUCAGUUGAGCAAUUAUGUGAGCUUUUAUCCUCCUGAAAUUAUUCUAAAGAGAAAACACAGCAGCAAGAACCGGAAAAGAAAAACAGUGCUUAUACAUGUGUAACAAUUAACUAGCUAAAGCAUGAAUUAUAUUGGAAUGGAGGGCGGAACACCAAAAUUGCCUGUGGCAACUUCGUUGUUACGUGUGUUUUUUUUUUUAAUACUUUGUCUCCACAAAUUCAGCCGUUGUCUUUCCAAAAUGGUGAGAGGAAAGGGGUUAAGCUGUAUAUCGUACAGCCGUCAUGCGAUGUGCAAGACUCCAUACCAGUGUUAUUCCCCUUGCAACAAGCCGGCAUCAGGUCUUUAGGAGUUUUUGUUAUUGACAGACCUCUUUUUAUUUGAGGUCUAUAAUAUAAAACUUCUGGUGCGUACUGAGAUUAUAUUCUCUCAAACCAAGAAGUGUUAGAUACCAGUAAUAAGUGUUUCAUUUUAUAUUAUUUUUCACGAUAGUACACAAUUUUUGCUAUUAAUUGGUCUAUAGUUCAACACAAGUUUGCUGGACUAAAGCAAAACACGGAGGAGAACAUUAGUUUAUUUCUGAUGUCAUGUAAUAUACACUUCAUUCGGACCUCGGGCAAAUAGCUUUUAGUAUAACUGACAGGUCGUUUAACUAGCUUUGAGACAAAAGCCAGCAUGUUGAUAACAAUUCAUUAAGUGUUUACAUACAAAAGCUAGGCCUUGUAAAAUCAUUCACGAAUGGUUUUCGGUGUGUUCUUGUUAAAACGCUUGCCGUAUAUUUUACAAAAAUAAUGUGUAAGGUUAUCAUUUUCUUUUAAAAAGUAAUAAAACAUAAAGCAUUAUAAAUUAAAAAUCGUAUGAAUUGAAAAAUCUUUUACUAGUAUCUGUUUCAUUUACGAUGUAUUACAGAUCAACUGUGUGUAAUUGAUACUUAAAAACUGGAAUGUUGAAAGUUGGAUUAGACACGUACCGGAGGACCACCAGGAAUUACUACACGGCUUUUUUACAAGAAGAACUAAAUUUUGGCCUUGAAUCUUUCAUACAAAAUCUGCUGUUUACAUCGAUGAAAUAUUCUGUCCCUCUAUCCGUCUGUCUGACAAUGCUACACAAGUCAAAUGGUUUAUCGCGGCCAGAAAUUUGUACAAACCGGACAGAAUUUGCGAAAUUGUCAUUUGUGCAGGAAAGAAGCUUUUACCAUAAUGUCCAGUACUGAACAGGUAUAGUGACAUACGUUUAAGAUAUCAUGCUUUCUGUUUAUGCAGGUAAACUUGUGUUUGGUUAAAUUUCAACAGAGCACAAUUGUCUGAACAGUGUACAAACUCAUUACUGUUUUUUCAGGCAAGGGUGGAAAAAAGGUGGUAGUCAAUGAAAGUAGUAACAUUUUUAUCAAAAAAAAAAAUAAACAAUGAGACAAACAUUUCCAGCAUCUUUGGACGGUUCAAAAAUCCCAUAUUAACAUACGAUAAAGCCCGAAACGCGUGAAAAUGUUCCGAAUGUAAAUCGGGUGAAGUAGGCGCUCUAUGUAUAGAGUUAGAUUAUGCGUCUUGAUACUGUACCAGAGGGGUCGGUCAAUUGUGGGUUAUUGAUUACACUGGGCGAGUCUACUUACUUAUUACUUGAGGCUGAAAAAAACGUGUUUUUAAAUGUUGCUCUUAAACAAGGGUGGCGGUUGAACUACAAAAAGUACAACAACAGUUAAUUCACAACAAAUCGUACGGUAUGUUUUAUAAUCAGUAGAAGCUAGUCGUAUUUACGCUUAUGAGACCUGUUUCACCCACCAGCGCGCAUAUACUUCACCUAUUCCAUAUAGGCCGCGAUCAAUAACGGGGAUUGUUUAGAAAACUUUCGUAACUCAUAUUUUCAUUUUUUUUUUCAGAAGGAAAAACAUUUAAUCUAUUAUAAUUGAUAAUAUUUUUAAAGUUUUAAUGCAUAUGAAUGGCUAUAUCAUUUUUAUGAAGUCUUAAAAGAGUUUAACUUACUAACAUUAUAAUUAGUAAAACAUUUAUUAAUGAAACUUUGAGUUACGACAGUUUUGCAGCUGAAAUCAAUAUUAUGUGGCAGAAUUAUUUCAUUGAAAACUGUUGUAACUUGAGUUAAGACAGUUUUGAAUAACUUAUUUGCUGUUGAAUGCGAGUUACAACAUAAACACUGAGAAAUAUAAAUAUAUAUAACAGUUUUAGUUAUAAAUUUCCAGUUAUUUAUUCACCACAAAAGUUAGACAUUUUGUAAUUUUAAUUUAGUUGUCAUCUCCUGCAGAUUUCUUGACCAUAUUAGCUUAGUAUUCAGAUUUUGUAUUGUAAAGAUAGAAACCCAAAUUUAUAUUAGGUAAAAUCAGGAAUAUUUAGAUGCAGAGUCAAGUACUGGUUUGAUGUUGAAAAAUGUCUUGGGGUUUAUAUUUUUAGUAAUUGUUGUGAUGACUUAAGGUUUGUCUAGCAGUUUGUCAGUUUAUAAUUAUGUAUUGUUGGAAAAAAAUAAAAAGACAUGCUUUAACAUGUAAAAUAUAUUAAUAAAUAAAAGUCUGUAACUUUACUUUAAAGGUCCAAUACUAAGGAAAGUGAACAUUUUAAUUUCUUUUAAAAAGCACAGAAACUAUUUCAUUUUAUUGGAAAAUGAAAGUUGGUAUGUAGAAAUUCGAAAUAAAUCGCAGUAUAUGUACAAUUAUUUUUCUAUGAAGUAAGUGAAAGUUAAAAAGAUCUGGGGGGUCAUUCUGUCGAUUCAUUGAAAUUUCAACAUAAUACACAUACAUUUCUUUGAGUUCCAAAGACCUUCUGUAAAUUUUGACCUGCCAAUCUUCAUUAUUUAGUGUCUUGCAGAAGUCUAUGCACUGGCUAUGAAAAAAAUUGCCAACUCACUUUCUCUUAGUAAUGGACCUUUAAUGAAAUAAUAAGGUAAAAGUACUGUUGCUUGAACUAUGUAAGUUUAGUGUUUCUGCAUGCAUAAAGCUGAACAUUGCAACCUUUAACAACAAGAUAUAAAGGUUAUCUGCGGCAGAAAUGAUAAAAAUCAAACUUAGUUCACGAAAAUAAAUAAUUUUCUGUGCUCAGGAAAGCCACAUCAUCAGAAACUUUAUUCCAACCAUUACAAAAAUACAAAAUCAAGACAUUUAUCUGCAUCAAACUAGUACUUUAUUUGGCAUACAACCAUUCCUUGUAUUGUCUACUUCAUCCCCUGUGUAAAGUAUAACAAGAAGCUAAAAGAAACAACAUGGAAAAUAACAAGUUAAACAAUAUGAUAUGAACUGAUGCAGAAUUGACUGUGAGUAUACAAAAGAUAAUUGUCAGUAUAUUCCAAAUUUAAAACUGAAUGGCCUUUUUAGAUUCAAGAUUUUUUUCUCCAUUUACUAUGUUGAUCAAUUAAGUAAACUUUUGAUUAUUUCACUUGAAACUUAUUGACCAACUGGCACAGUCUGUCUAGGUUGAGAGGAAUAGGUAGAAAUUUUAACUUUAAACAAAGCAGCAACAAGUUUGAAACUGUUCAACUUAAAGAAGUUUUAUGAUAAUGUCCCCAGUUUCCACACCCCAUGGUCUGUCAGUUUCAGUCAAAUGUCGUGACUUUUUAUCUAUAGUGAACACCACAUAUAGGCUUACCUAUCUGGCAUUUCUCAACUAACCUCUUUCUGUUUGAUAUUUCUUACCUUCAUUAUAUCUACGUUUUUCUUUUCCAAAUUUUCUCACCAUCACAUUGACUGGAAGUGCAAAUAUUGGUUGUUUUAUUUACUUGGUACUUCUUAUUCUCCUUGUUGUAAUUUUGGACAUGCAUAUUCCAAGGUCUAUAAUAAUUAAUUAUAAAAGCGUUACAAUUGUUUACUCCCUUCUGCAUAAUAUUGUUGGUAAUUUAUUAGGAUAGAUUGCAAAAAUCAUAUAACAGUAAGUUUAUACCAUUGGUCACUUUCACUGCAGCCAUAUUUUUCCGAUUUUUUAAAGAAAAACGAUGUCAUCUAAAAAAAGGAAUGAGUUUCUUUCAUAGACAGAAAACAAAAGAGAUUGCAAAUAGUCAAUUUGCGUUUAUUCCCUUUUAAAACGCCCAGGAGUGACUUUUUUACAAACAUGAAAAUUCUGAAACAAGAAUGGAAAAAAUUACUGUUAUCAAUAUCAGCAUCACUUUUAUGACAUCACAAUUUGACCUAGCUCUUGUACAUUAUAUUGAGUUACUACAGUUUUACGCAACAAUCUGAUCGCAUGGAGUAGUCGUUUGUUACGGAAAACUGUAUGCAACUCAAGUUAGAACAGUGUUCCAUAUCGGAAAAUAUAAGUGUGAGAUAUGACUUCUUUGCAACUAGCUUUUAAUAGUGAUCUAUCAAGGAAUUCAAACUCAGCAUUUUGUGGUCUUAUAAAUAUUUUAUAAAGAAGAUCAAAAAUGUAAAAAAAAAAUAUCAUUUCAGAAAAAAAAGUGAGUUAGAGUUCUCCGUUCAGCCCUCGAUAAGAUGUCGAAUGUCGAGAUCUAGCCUUACAUUUGUCUUUUUCUGUUCCUGUUGAAUAAAUGUCGCACUAUAAAUAUGUUUACAUUCCAUUUUGUUAUGUACUCUUUGUAUGUCUGGAGGUAGCUUUCAUUUGAAUAAAGAUUGAAUUAUGAUAAAUAUUUUU